AUGUCAACCAUGCUACCUGCUACCAAUAUUGGCGCCCCCAAGGAUUCAACCAUGAACAAUAACAACACUACUUCAAAUGCAAAUGCUAAUACUUCUACUACCACUACAAACACAUCUAACGUAAACAGUAAUAGUCCGAAAUUAGAUGAAUUGUUAGAAGCUAUUAAAUUGGAAUUCUCUCAACUCUCACAAGAAGCAAAUACUUAUAGAUUACAAAAUCAAAAAGAUUAUGAUUUGAAGACUAAUAGAAACUUGGCAGAAAUGCAACAGAUUAGAAACACAGUUUAUGAAUUAGAAUUGACUCAUAGAAAGAUGAAAGAUGCAUAUGAAGAACAAAUUAAACAAUUGAAGUUGGAAUUGGAUCAGAAGGAAAAACAGUUGACCUCAUUGUCAAGUUUAGCUAAUCGUCAAGCUGCUACUAAUGCUAAUGCAAACUCAAACACGGCAAAUAACACUCCUUCAACAACUAACGCUAGUAUUAACAACGUGGCUCCUCAACCUCCUCAAAUCCCAAUGCCUCAACAGACCACCAUUACUCAAACUCAAGCUUUACCACAAGCUGUUCCUUCAAUGAAUGGUAAUGCUCCAGGUGUCACAACUAAUUCUAACCAACAGUUAAACACUUUACCUCAACCUCAACAAACUCAGCAACAACAAUCCCAACAACAGCAAGCUCAACAACAACAACAACAGCAGCAACAAUUACAACAAUUACAACAGGUUCAACAAGCCCAAUUACAGCAACAACAACAGCAACAACUCCAAGCUGCUCAACAAUCCCCUCAAUUACAACAACAAUCUCCACAAAUUCAACAACAAACUACUUUACCACCAACCCAAAUCCCUGUUCAAAUCCAACCUCCUACAGCCUCUUCUACCACUAUCCCCGGUCAAUCUACAAUGGAAAAUAAUAUUCAACCAAAUAUGAAUCAACAGCAACAAUCUCCUCAAGUAAUGGCUGUUAAAGAAAAUAAUACAGCUUCCCAAUUGCCACAAGCUUCACCUUCAAAUCAUUUAGUGCCAUAUAAUCAACGUGCUAACCAUCACAAACAAAUUCCUCCAUUUUUAUUAGAUUUAGAUCCAAAAAAUGUUGUUGAUGCCUUUAAAAAAGUCACUGAUGAUUAUUAUGUGUUAUUCAACCCUGACUUGCCAAAGAGUUUAGAUGUUGAUUUACAUCUAUCUCUAAGCCAUCCUUCUGUCGUAUGCUGUGUGAGAUUUAGUAAUGAUGGCCAAUUUCUAGCCACAGGUUGUAAUAAAACAACAAGGGUUUAUAAAACUUCCACAGGUGAAUUGAUUGCCACUUUAUUAGUUGAUCCACAAUCUUCAAAUAACUCCAAUAGUGAACAACAAACAAACCCUGAAUCUUCUGAUCUAUACAUUAGAUCUGUUUGUUUCUCUCCAGAUGGUAAAUUUUUGGCUGCCGGUGCUGAAGAUAAAUUAAUUAGAAUUUGGGACAUUACAACAAAACAAAUUGUAAUGAUAUUAAAAGGUCAUGAGCAAGAUAUUUAUUCAUUAGAUUAUUUCCCAAGCGGUGAAAAAUUAGUCUCUGGUUCUGGUGAUAAAACUGUGAGAAUAUGGGAUCUAAGAACGGGUCAAUGCUCCUUAACUUUAUCAAUAGAAGAUGGUGUUACUACAGUCUCAAGCUCUCCAAAUAAUGGUAAAUUUAUUGCUGCUGGUUCGUUGGAUCGUUCUGCAAGAAUAUGGGAUACUGAAACCGGGUUCUUGUUAAAGAGAUUAGAUUCUCAAACUGAUUUACAAAACGGUCAUAAGGAUUCAAUUUAUAGUGUUUCAUUUACCAAAGAUGGUAAAAAACUAGUAUCCGGCUCCUUAGAUAGAUCUGUCAAGUUAUGGAAUUUAGAUACAACAAAUAAUAAUUCAAAUGAAAGUUGUGAAGUUACUUUUAUUGGUCAUAAGGACUUUGUCUUAUCAGUUACAACUUCUCAAAACGAUGAAUAUGUUUUAUCGGGUUCAAAAGAUCGUGGUGUUUUGUUCUGGGAUACAAAUUCUGGUAAUCCUUUACUAAUGUUGCAAGGUCAUAAGAAUUCAGUAAUAUCUGUUGCUGUCGCAAAUGGUCAACCAUUGGGUCCAGAAUUUGGCGUCUUUUCUACUGGUAGUGGUGAUUUCACAGCCAAGAUUUGGAGAUAUAGGAAAAUAAUAGAUAGCAAAAAAAUGGAAGAAAAUUGA